GUGUCUCUUCGUCGGUCCUCCUCUCCGCGGGUUGCCAAGUGAGAGAGAAAUCAGUAUUUAUUGAGCUCCUCUGGUUUUGGCAGGACGCAGCCAAAUAAACAAUGGCGUGUUUGUGUUGACGGUCAGCGCGGGGCCUCCCAUUGGCUGUGAUCAGAGGAGACGGCACAGUGGGAGCCUGUGGGACACACACUGGGCUGUGAGAUCCCAUCAGCCACCUGGGCGUCCUGAACGGAGACGGCUCUGAGGUCGGCUCGUCGUGAUGUGAGAUGAGAGCGCAGCGAAGCUUAAGUUUUCACCGACAGAUCAGGACUUGGAGCUCUUGAACAUGAGAAAUUAUAAACUCUGCAGCAACAAGGGAGGAAAAAUGUUGCAUGCAGCCAUUUUUGCGUGUUGUCUCAGUGGUUUGAGCCAGGGUGCAUGAUGGGAUCUUUCCGGCGUCCCAGGCCUCGGUUUAUGAGUUCUCCGGUUCUAUCGGACCUCGCCCGGUUCCACGCCAGCUCACCUUCGCUACAGAUCUCCAACACCAGCGUGUGGAACAGUGUCCAAUCAGCUGUGAUCAAGGUGUUCCAGGGUGGAGCGCUGCAGACUAACGAGCUGUACACGCUGAACGAGAGCAUCAGGUGGCUCCUUAAAACGGAGAUGGGCUCCUUCAUCACCGACUACUUCCAGAACCAGCUGCUGACUCGAGGUCUGUCUGAAGUCCUGGAUCAGGUCCUCCUCCACUCUGGUGACGACCAGCUCGUCGUCCUCGCCGACAUGUGGGACAGAUUCUUCACUGAGAUCCUCCCCACCCUGCAGGCCAUCUUCUACCCCGUCCAGGGUCAGGAGCUGACAGUGAGGCAGAUGGCUCUGGUGGCCUUCAGAGACCUGGUGCUGUUGAAGCUCCACCUGGAGGAAAGUCUGGAAACCGCAGCCUCCGUCCCUCCACCUGUCACUCAGAUGCUGCUGGUGCUGCAGGGUAUCCACGAGUCUGGCGGUCCCAGUCUGGAGUAUUACCAGUUGGAGCGUCUGGUGGAGAUCGUCGUGUCUCCGUAUCUCAGCAACGUUCUGCAAAACAGAAACGAGCUCCGGCUAGAGUCCCGUCAUCUGCGGUCGUCGGGCUCGUUGCUAAGCGACCAGUCCCAGCCAGAGAUCACCAUCACUCAGCAUCACAACUCCUCCGACUCGUCGUCUCUGGCUCCGUUGGUGGAGCAGGAGGGCGAGGCCUACCUGGAGAAGUCCGGCGGCGUGCGGCGCCACACGGUGGCCAACGCACACUCUGACGUUCGGCUGCUGUCGGCGUCGGGCAGGAUGCAUGCUGGGACGGAGAAGAGCAACGGGGUAGGAGGGGGUGUGGGAGGCGUGGGGUUUUUGGUGGGGGGCGGGCCGAUGAGUCCCAGGCCGUUCUCCAGCCAACAGGACAUGGUGGAGUCCACGAGGGGAGGAGUUAUCUGCUAGCCAGAGUGGCUAAUGAGACAAUGGACACGUGAGACGAUACAGAACGGGAAUCUACAGGACGGGAGAGGAGACGAGAGGAUAUGGACAGGAAAUAACAAGGACAUUAUCGGAAUGAAAACACAAGACAGGAAACAAAAAUGACAGUAUAGGAUCAGCCAGAACCUGACGAGAUGAUAAACUACAGGAUGACAGAGACAUGAUGAGACAGGAGAGUAAAUAAAAAGACACGAAGGGGCAAGAAAACAGGAAAUCCGAACUGGACACGAAACAACCAGAUAGGAAAAGACAGACCCCAAGAAAUCAGGACGAGAAACAGGAAAUCAAAGGAUGGGACGAGAAAUAGGAAGCAGUGUGACAGAAGAAGACAGGAAACAAUAUGCUUUUUGCUGUCCUGUCCUUUCAUUUACUGUCCAUUCAUGUCAGGAAAAGCAGAAACCACAGUACAAGAAACAGGAAGCAAAGGAACGGGACAGGAAACAGGACAGAGGACAGGGGAAGUGUUCAUACUGAGCUCAUCUGUCCCACAGCUCCCAGCAGGAGGGAAAGCUCUGGCUCCGUACUGGGAAGACUAUCUGAACCAGUGACUCUGAUCCAGGAUCAGGUUCUGUGUCUUCAUGUUUGUACUAAUCCUGUGGACAGAACCAGACUGCAGGUUCUGAUUCUGCUCAGACCUCUCUUCAGCUCUUUUAGGAUUGUUAAUGAAUAAUAAAGAUUAAUUAAACUAAUUCGUGCCUUAUCUUAAA